AUGUGCUUCAAUAAAGCAGAGACGAUGGUUAAUUACUCCUUUGGAACAUGUCAACAGAGGAAGCUCUUUCCUCACUUCCACCCCCCAAACUUGUUGGGGAACAAGUUUCUCCCUCUUAGGAGAGUGCCCCACAGAUGUUACAUAGCAGAAGAUAUGUAUGGCCUGGCAUACAACCUCUCUAAGAUCCCGACCAGUAUAAAAGGAUAUGCUUUUGGAGCCAGAACAGCUGUAAGGUUUAAGCCAAUCAGCAAGGAUAUGACACCUUACCCAGGCAUGUACCAAACAGUCGGUCCUCAGGAGCAAACACACAAACAAAAUUUUGCUCCAUUUAAUGCCUUGUUGCCUCGAUUUAGGACAUACUCUAAGGACACUUGUUAUCCUGGCGCUGGCACAUAUAACCCAGAUAUAAAGCCACCCCAAAAAAUCACCUGGCCAAUGAAAUUUGGAUCUCCAGACUGGGCCCAGGUUCCAAGUCUACAGAAAAGAACCCUGAAAGCUGAGCUGCCCACAGACAAGGAGUUUAGAAAGCAUCUGAACCGUGUGGCCUACCUAAGCCUGUAUUACAACUGA